CUCUCUUUGCUUCCCUUGUCUCUCUCUCUCUCUCUCUCCCUCUCUCUAGAUCGCUAGUUAUCUCUCUUUCUAAAGCUCAAUCACCACAAACUCACAAUCAAACUAAAAGAAAAAAGUAGAGUAGAAUAAAUUAAUAAAUAAAGGAGAGAGACGGCCUUCAUCCGAGUCAGAGAGAAGCUCUCUUUUAUAUCAGCGUAGCUCUUGUUUCCGCAACACAGGACAUGGACGAGAAGUGGAAGCUGUCGAAAAAGGAUGCAUUGGCUGCGUCGUGCUCAUCUUCUUCGACUUCGUCUAAAUCAAAGUUCUCUAGAAGCUUCUCGACAAGUGCUUCCUCCUCGAAAGCUCCUGCAUUCGUACGGAGCUCGUCAACCAAAUGCUCAGUGCCUUCUUCAUCUUCUUCGUCUUCAAUGUCAAGAAGCUCUUCGAAAAAAGAGAAAGGCUCAUCUUCCAUAACUCAAAAGUACAGCAGCUUGGCCAAAGAACAGAAGGGAAGGUUCUACAUCAUGAGAAGGUGUGUGGCUAUGCUUGUAUGUUGGCAUAAACAUGAUUCCUAGGUUGAUAGAUCUCAUGCAUUUUUAUUCUUUCUCUUCUCUUUUCUUUUCUUUAAAUGAUUAGAUCAGUUUGAUUCUCUACUCUAAGUUGCUACAAGU